AUGCUGGCCACGGCGCUGCUGCUGCUGGCGCUGGCGAGGCCGGCGAGCGCCGCCCCGGACGGYGCCAGCCGCAGAGCCCAAGCGCUCAAGAGGCUCCUGGAGGUCUUCGGCAUCGAGGACCCGCCGGCGCCGCCGGCCCACGUCAAGCAGCCGCCCCAGUACAUGGUGGACCUGUUCAACACCGUGGCCAACGCGGACGGCGUCACCAAGAACCCUGGCGUCUUGGCGGGCAACACAGUCCGCAGCUUCUUGGAUAAGAUCCACAGCGAGAAGAUGCAUUUCCUCUUCGUGCUGUCCAGCGUAGCCAAGAACGAGAAGAUCCUGACGGCCGAGCUGCAUCUCUUCCGCCUCUGGCCCCGGGCCGGCMAUGGGCCCACGCGGCACCACUUCUGCCAGGUGAGCAUCUACCAGGUCCUGGACAAGACGAGGCUGGAGGCGCCGGAAGGGCAGAAGCUGCUGGCGACGCGGCUGCUGGCGCUGCAGGGCUCGGGCUGGGAGGUCUUCGCCAUCACGCAAGCUGUCCGCGACUGGACACAGGAUGAGGGCAGCAACCAGGGGCUGCUGGUGUUGGUGCAGAGCCUGGGCGGGGGCUCGCUGGACCCCCCUGGCGUGCGGUUCGCCUCCAGCCGGGACCACCAUGAGAGCAAGAAGCCCAUGCUGGUGCUCUUCACGGACGACGGGCGCCGCGGAGCCUCCCUGCCCAGCAGUGCCUUCCCAGAUCUCCAGCUCCAGGCUCCCGUUCUCCCUGCGAAGAUGCCGGCGCCCAAAGGGAGCGGGCUGCGGAGCACGCGCUCCCUGGACCGCCUCCAGCCCUGCCAGCGGCAUCCCCUCUCYGUGGACUUCGAGGAGAUCGGCUGGUCCGGCUGGAUCAUCUCGCCGCGCGGCUACAACGCGUACCACUGCAAGGGCGCCUGCCCCUUCCCGCUGGGCGAGAACAUGCGGCCCACGAACCACGCCACGGUGCAGUCCAUCAUCAACGCGCUCAAGCUGAGCGAGGGCGUGAGCAGCCCCUGCUGCGUCCCCGACAAGCUCUACUCCAUCAACCUGCUCUACUUCGACGAUGACGAGAACGUGGUGCUCAAGCAGUACGACGACAUGGUGGCCGGGAGCUGUGGCUGCCACUGA